UCCCCGCCGGUCCCCGCGGGCUGCCCGCUCUCCCAGCGCGUUGCAACUGCCGUUAUUAUUAUUAUCAUUCGCACUAGUAGUAUUAUUUGAGAGAAGAAAACUAAAAGGCGCUAUCCACCACCACCAGCAGCAGACCCCCCUCAAAGCCAGAAAAGAAAGAGAGAACCACGUUCACCUUUUCCGCUCUGCUCGAAAAAGAGAAUCAAGAAGAUCUCUGGUCCUGGCUGGAGCCGCCGAAGGGACCGAGGGCGAGCGUUGAGGGGGAGGGAGGAGGAGUUGCGGUCAUUGCGUGGAAAGUUACGCGUGGCGGAGACCCGAAGGCGCAGCGCCACAGCCCCGGGGACCCGGUGUCCGAGAGAAACCGCUGUCCUCCCGCGUCGGGACCCGCGAGCGCGCGGGCACCCCGGGGUGUCAUCCGGGACGGCUCCCCUACCGCGCUCCUCCCGCGGCGCGGACUCCUAUCAGUGGUCCUCGGAAAGGAGGAGGAAUAUGGCAUCCGAAGCGACCCCUUCCUGCCGUCUGGUUUUCUGCCUCUUGAUCUCUGCUGCGGUCCUCAGACCAGGUCUUGGAUGGUAUACUGUAAAUUCAGCAUACGGAGAUACCAUAAUCAUGCCUUGCCGACUCGAUGUACCUCAGAAUCUCAUGUUUGGCAAAUGGAAAUAUGAGAAGCCCGAUGGCUCGCCAGUAUUUAUCGCCUUCAGGUCUUCUACAAAGAAAAGUGUGCAGUAUGAUGAUGUACCGGAAUACAAAGACAGAUUGAACCUCUCAGAAAACUACACCCUGUCUAUCAGCAAUGCAAAAAUCAGUGACGAGAAGAGAUUCGUGUGCAUGCUGGUGACGGAGGACAAUGUGUUUGAAGCCCCAACAGUAGUGAAAGUGUUCAAGCAGCCAUCUCAACCUGAAAUUGUAAACAAAGCACCAUUUCUUGAAACAGAGCAGCUAAAAAAGUUGGGUGACUGCAUUUCAAAAGACAGUUACCCAGAAGGCAACAUUACAUGGUAUAGGAGUGGAAAAGUGCUUCAACCCCUGGAUGGAGCGGUGGUCAUCAUUUUUAAAAAGGAAAUGGAUCCUGUCACUCAGUUAUAUACCAUGACUUCAUCCCUGGAGUAUAAAACAAGCAAGGCUGAUAUACAAAUGCCAUUCACCUGUUCCGUGACCUAUUAUGAACCUUCUGGCCAGAAAAUAAUUCAGUCUGAACAAGCAAUCUUUGACAUUUAUUAUCCGACAGAGCAAGUGACAAUACAAGUGCUACCGCCAAAAAAUGCCAUCAAAGAAGGGGACAACAUUACCCUUAAGUGCUUGGGGAAUGGCAAUCCUCCUCCUGAGGAGUUUAUGUUUUACCUUCCAGGACAGCCUGAAGGAAUAAGAAGCUCAAAUACUUACAUAUUGACAGAUGUGAGGCGCAAUGCAACAGGAGACUACAAAUGCUCCCUGAUCGACAAGAAGAGCAUGAUGGCUUCAACAACCAUCACCGUUCACUAUUUGGAUUUAUCCUUAAACCCAAGUGGAGAAGUGACCAUGCAGAUUGGAGACUCACUGCCCGUGUCCUGCACAAUAUCUGCUAGUAGGAACGCAACGGUGGUGUGGAUGAAAGAUAACAUCAGGCUUCGAUCAAGCCCAUCAUUUUCUAGUCUUCAUUAUCAGGAUGCUGGAAAUUAUGUGUGUGAAACUGCUCUGCAAGAAGUGGAAGGACUGAAGAAAAGAGAGUCAUUGACCCUCAUUGUAGAAGGAAAACCUCAGAUCAAAAUGACAAAGAAAACUGAUCCUAGUGGACUGUCUAAAACAAUAAUCUGCCAUGUGGAAGGCUUUCCAAAGCCAGCUAUACAAUGGACAAUUACCGGCAGUGGAAACGUCAUAAACCAAACAGAGGAAUCUCCUUAUAUCAAUGGCAGGUAUUAUAGUAAAAUUAUCAUUUCCCCUGAAGAGAAUGUUACAUUAACUUGCACAGCAGAAAACCAGCUGGAGAGAACAGUAAACUCCCUCAAUAUCUCUGCUAUAAGUAUUCCAGAACACGAUGAGGCAGACGAGAUAAGUGAUGAAAACAGAGAAAAGGUGAAUGACCAGGCCAAACUCAUUGUGGGAAUUGUUGUGGGUCUCCUCCUUGCUGCUCUGGUGGCUGGCGUCGUCUACUGGCUGUACAUGAAAAAAUCAAAGACUGCGUCAAAACAUGUAAACAAAGACCUUGGAAAUAUGGAGGAAAACAAAAAGUUGGAAGAAAACAAUCAUAAAACAGAAGCUUAAGAGAAAUGAUUCCUGUUGUCCAGAGAAAAAAACCCAUAUAAACCAAUUGAAGCAUGAACAUGGAUUGUAUUUAAGACAUAAAGACAUUGACAGCAAUUCAUGGUUCAAGUAUUAAGCAGUUCAUUCUACCAAGCUGUCACGGGAUUUUAGAGAAUUAUCUCAAGUUAAACAAUGAAAAGAAAUUACAAAAUUUGGCAGCCAUGAUAAUAGGUCAUAUAUUGUGUUUGGUUUGAAUUUUUUUCUGUAAAUGUCUGCACUGAGGAUUUCAUUUUGGUUUGCCUUUAUGUAAAUUUUUUACGUAGCUAUUUUUAUACACUGUAAGCUUUGUUCUGGGAAUUGCUGUUAAUCUGAUGUAUAAUGUAAUGUUUUUAUUUCAAUUGUUUAUACGGAUAAUCUAAGCAGGUACAUUUCUGAUUCUGAUUGCUAUCAAUAAUUUCCCCAAACUUAUUCACAGGUACCUAAAACCCAAAGGUGGCAGCUUAUGAGCAUUGGGGACACACACAUUGCCCUAUUCAAAACUGGGUUUAAUCACUGACAGGAGAAAGCAGAGAGUCAGGCUGCAAAAGACCUGAGAGCUAAUUCUGCGCAUGUGUCACCAGCUGACUCAGAAUUGAAUUCCAGACACACAUGGACACAUGUGCAUCAUCAUGGUACUCCCUAACUGAAAAGUUUGCCUGUUCUGAAAAAGACAUAACAGAAUUUGGGUAACACUUAUCAUUAGAAACACCUGCUAGUUAAUUGCUUUGUGUCAAAGAAAACCAACCCAUGUGUGAGAACACAGCCUGGAAAAAUCAUGGAUAACAUUCCCAUUUUCAUAGAUCACAAUGUAAAUCACUGUAAUUAAAAAAAAAUUGGUGUUAAAUCCUUUGGGUUAUCCACUGCCUUAAAAUUAUGCUAUUUCCUUUAAAAAGAGAUAUCGGUCAGAAUUGGAGAUUUUUAACAGUGGUCAUUCUCAAAGCUGUGUUAUUUUCCACAGAAUAUAGAAUAUAUAUUUUUUUCGUGUGUGUUUUUGUUAACGACGCUACAGAUAUUGAAUGCACCUUGAGAUAAUUUAGUGUUUUUAACUGGUACAUAAUUUAUCAAGCAGUACAUGAAAGUGUAAUAAUAAAAAUGUCUAUGUAUCUUUAGUUACAUUCAAAUUUGUAACUUUAUAAACAUGUUUUAUGCUUGAGGAACUUUUUAAGGUGGUAGUAUAAAUGGAAACUUUUGAAGUAGACUGGAUGUGGGCCCAUAGCUACUUAUGACUAGACUUUUAAACUUUGCUCUUUCAGGCAGAAGCCUAGCUUCUGGGAGUACGCUGUACAGCCAUUUUUGUCCCAGGAGUUGCAUUUCUUUAAGUAAAAAAAUAAAAGAAAAAAAUGAACAUUAGGUUUCCAGAUCAAACAUAUAUGUUCUUUGAGAGAAAGAUAGACGCUUGUGUUUGUUUUCUUGAUUAACAGAAUAAAACACAAUGUAGGCAAGAAAGACAAAUUAAAGAGGAAAAUCAUAUUGAGGUUGAGAUGACUAUUUUGCCACUUCUGCAUUAUUUAGUAACACGUGAUCGUGUGUAUUUGUAACCAUUUAUUGUCUGAGCAAUAGUGACUCAGUUUAAUAAAAAUCUUCUUGUAGUGCUCUGGUAUGGAUUAAACACAUAAAAUAUGCUAUUAGACUCAAUGCUGUAUAAACUAUAAAAAUAUUAUGGGAAAAAAAGAAAAUGUGUCAUUUUUGCCUCUAAACUUUAACUAAAGUUUUAUUUGGCAGGAAAAAAAAUUGAAUCGUGGUCAAUAUUUAAACCAAAGUUAAAAGGGGAAAAACCAAAGUUCUUUUUUUGUUUUGUUUUGCUUGGCUAAGCCAUUCUGUUAUCUCUGUAAAUACUGUGAUUUCUUUCUUCCUUUUUUCUCUUUCUUUUCGCUUUAGAAUUUUGUUAAAGAAAUUCUAAAAUUUUUAAACAUCCAUAAUAAAUCAUGAACACUAAAAUGAGAUUAUUUCCAUAUUCAUAUUUUUCUUGUUUUUUCUUUUGGUGUGGGAAAUCAAAGGUUUUAAGUCGUACUCCUAAGAUCUGUUUGCAAAAAGAAGCGACAUGGCAGCAGAGAAAAAGGAUCAUACUACAGUUAUGGAUUGGCUUCCACUUGCAAUGGUAAUGACAUGCAGAAAGCAAAAACAAAAGGGUAGGUGGAACUCUCAGACCUAGACAACAGAAGAUGAGAAACCCAAAGCUCUGAACUGAGAGCAAAGAGUUUGCCAGGAAGAGGGAACAAUGUGAAUAUCAUUAACUCAAUGCCUGGAUAAAGAAGAGGCUUGCCAGUGUAACAGCAGCCAGAUGCACCAGGACACUGGGUGGGCAAAUCUUUUAGUCUGAGGUUUCGUCUCUCCAAGUUUACUCCUUGGCAGCAGGAAGCAGGUUUGAGCAGUUCAAGGUUCACUCCCUAUAUGUGAUUAUAAGAAUUGUACGUGGAAAUGGAUUAACAUACCCGUCUAUGCCUAAAAGAUAAUAAAAAUGAAAUAUGUCUUCACAUA